AUGCUCAGUGCGCUCUUUUCUUGGUUUUUCUUCCUCUUCGAUCCGUUCGAGGGGUGGUUCAUCCCACCCAUCGAGCCGCAACCCCGGCUGCGGUAUUCGGCGAAACCUUGGAACGAGAUCAUCACGGGCGUGUAUGGCACUCCGCCGCUGAUCAAAAUCCACGACCGGGAAGGGAAAGUGUUAUGGAAAUUUGAGCGGGACGAUGUCGACCAGGAUUUGCCCGAUCGCGUGCACAAAUGUCUCCACGCCGGCGCCAACGAUGCCACUGAAUUGAAAUACUUGCACAACGGCACCAGCGUCGCAGCCGUCUACAGUGGCCUCAUCGUCGUCGUCAACCGGACCCCUGGAUCGCCGGGGAUCGACAAGAAAAUCACCUUCGCCCUCUGUCGAGACCAUUGGUAUCUAUCGAACGCGCAUACGCUCGAAUCCCUCCCCAACGAUCUUCUCGCGGUCGGCACCACAGGCUCGCGCCCCGAGUUCGGCAUUCUCGUCUACAACACCAGCAAGGCUCUCCCCCUCGAACCGGACCCGCCCAUCGUGCAAAACAUCACAGGCAUCCGUGCCAUCCACGCCUUGAUCUGGGACGAGCAGAAGCAAUUGCUUUGGGCGGCAGGAACCGACAUUGCGGCCGACGGCUCCGAUAAUGAACCCGCCCAUCCUCUCAUCCGGGCGUUCCCCUGGGACAACGAAACUCAGCAGUUAGUCUCGGACGACUCAUUGGUGUGGCAAUACCCGGGUUACUCCGAUCAAUCGGUAGAAUGGGGUCUCAACUAUGGCUGGUGGGCGGGAGCGCACGAUCUCGUGCCGAUCCCGAAUGAGCGCAAGUUCAUCGUCAGUGAUGAUGUGGGAUUGCACUUCUUCGAUGCCGAGACCGGGAAAUGGAGUGACGACGACGCUGUGAUCGACAAGUACAUGCCCGGCUUCGAGGUGACGAGCAACGAUCGCCACGGCUAUAAUACGGAGGGAACCUUCCAAGAGUUGCCCAAGUCGGAUCUAAAGAGCUUCAAUAUUGCGCCCGAUGGAAGUUAUAUCUACGUGCAGACCGUGUGGAAGACCUUCCGCGGCAACCACACCAGUCUCGUUGUGAAUGGGACUCGACGCCAGAUCAAUUUGGGCGACGAGAUCUACCGGUCGCGUUGGUUUGGAAAUAUUGACGGUUGGCCCAAGCCGUUAUGA